AUGCCUGAACAAAUUAAAGAGUUAAUUGAUAAAAAUCAUAAAUGGGCAGAGGCUAAGAAAGCUAAAGAUCCUGAUUAUUUUAAAAAUAUUGCGAAAAAACCUCAGAAACCGAAAUUUAUUUGGAUAG